AUGGACUGUGAUGAAACUUUUAAUUAUUGGGAACCUUUAAAUUUAAUGCUUAGAGGUUUUGGCAAACAAACUUGGGAAUACUCACCUGUUUAUUCAAUAAGAAGUUAUGCUUAUUUAGUGCCUUAUUACUUGAUUGGUAAAUUAGCUCAAUUGUUGAAUUUAAACCCAGUACAUGUUUUUUAUUUCAUUAGAGUUUUUGAUUUAGCUGGUUUCACUAGUUUUUGUGAAUUAUACUUAUUCAAGACUUUUUGCAAUUUAGGGUUUGUAAAUUUGGGAAAUUGGUAUUUAUUCUUAAGUUCUAUUAAUAUUGGUAUAAAUCAUGGAGGUGUUGCCUUAUUACCUAGUUCAUUAGCUUUACAAUGUGUUAUAUUAGCAAAUUGUUUUAUACUAAAAAGCUCAAGGGAAGUGGAUAAGGAGAGGAAUUUGGUAGUGGCUGUGUUUUGGUAUUUUAUUGGUGGAGUUUUAGGUUGGCCCUUUGCUUUAGCUUUGGGAUUACCAUUAGGAAUUUAUUGUGGAUUUGGAAUUUUGUAUCAUAAAUUAAAUUGGACUAUAUUACUCAAGAUAGUGGGCAUUUUGGAAGCUGUAAUUGCUCCGAUUUUUUUAAUUGAUUCUUAUUUAUUGCAAAAUUGGGUAUUUGUACCAAUCAAUAUAGUAUCAUAUAACGUUUUUGGAUCAGAAGGUGAAGGACCAGAAAUUUUUGGAGUUGAACCAUUUAGUUACUAUGUGGUUAAUUUGUUAUUGAACUUUAAUGUUCUUUUACCAUUAUCAAUUUUGGGAUUGUUGAUAAAUCCAUUUAUUACGAACCUCAGAAAAUUUAAUGCCUUAGUAUCCAGUCAGUUAAUAAUUUGGUUUUUGAUAUUUGGUUCCCAACCUCAUAAAGAGGAAAGAUUCAUGUAUCCUAUUUAUCCAUUAAUUAUAAUUCUGAGUUCAGUGCUAGUUUCCAAGAUAUUUUCAAUACUCAAGACUAACAUAAAAAUUAAUAAAAUCCUUUAUCACAUACUACAAUUUGGAUUCAUAUUCACAACUACAUUAAUUUCAGUACUAAGAAUACUAAACUUAGUUGAAAAUUAUUCAGCACCAUUAAAAAUCUUUGAAGAAGUAAGUAAUUUACCACCUCAAUCACAUCAAACAAAUAUAUGUAUGGGUAAAGAAUGGUAUCAUUUUCCAGCAUCUUUCUUUUUACCAGAUAAUUAUAGAUUACAAUUUGUAGACUCAGGAUUUGAUGGUUUAUUACCUGGUAGCUUUCACGAGUCCUCAAACCUCAUAGAUUCAAUAACGUUUGUCCCACCAAAUAUGAAUAACAAAAAUCAAUUUGAGUCAGAUAAAAUUAUAGAUAUAACUCAAUGUGAUUAUUUUGUGGACAAUAACCAAUUAAAUAGUAAACCACAAUUGAUAUUACCAAGUUUAACCACAGAUAAAAAUUGGAAAUUGAUAGCCAAUAAGAAAUUAAUAAAUCCAAAUGGGAACCACAACAUCAUUGGUAAGCUAAUGUACAUUCCACAAUUUUUGAGGAAAUACAUACCUUAUAAGGUGGAGUACAUGCAAUUUUGCUUACUUGAAAGGAAAAAAAUAGAGGAAAAGGUUUAA